AUGUCGUUGCAUCGGGUUGAAUUGGGUAAAAGGACGCUUACGUUGAAGGGCCAUAGUCAAGAACAAUUUUCUGGAGAAAGAGAAAAUCAAGUCGGAGCUAUUUAUAAUCACCUGGCAUCUUCUGGUCUUCCCUCUGACACCUGGUUCUUUAUAACUUCCAUAUUCGUCGGCAUGGACCCAGAAUUUCGGCCACCUUCAAGUCUUUAUUCUGACGAACCUUUCGAGUUAGAGGAGCUCCUUCCUUCCUUACCCAUGCCAACUACACUUGACGAGGAGCUCAGUGUGCGGACCCUGUGUGAAGAUAUCAAAAAUCUAGAGGCGGAACUUGAUAGGCUGCAACGCAAUUGGUUGCUGAUCUAUCAAACUUUGGAAAUAUCGGAAGAGGUCGCGAACCAAAUUGAAUUCAUCUGCAAAAAUGCGAAAGAUCGUAUGACCAUGGAGCGUAAUAAAUGGCUGGCAAACUGCACAGCCUUCUGA